AUGUCUGUGCCAACACCACCAUCAACCACGCUCUCGGAACCACCAUCACCCACGGAGCUGGCCACGCCAAGACUGCCCCCGAACUACGACAGCGACAGCGAGGAAGAGAGAGGAGAGGGACAAGAUCCAGAAAUGCUCUCGCCGUCAUCAAAACGCAUCAUCAAAACGACCACGACCAUCGUCACGCCCAUCUUCAUCCGUCCCAAGCCCAUCUACAUCAUCGUCGCGACGUCGCUGAAUCCGCCCAUGGGCAUCGGUCACCAGGGUAAGCUGCCCUGGCCGCCGAUCAGGGCCGACAUGGCCUUUUUCAAAACCGUCACCUCUCACGGCCCCGAAGCAGCCGCCAAGAUCGGUUCGCAACAGGCAGUGUCUUCCGCCUCUUCUUCGUCGGUCGCGACGGCUACGGCACCGACAGGGCUGAGGACGCUAAAUGCCGUGGUCAUGGGCCGCAAGACCUGGGAGAGCAUCCCUCCGAAAUUCCGACCGCUGGCCGGCAGACUGAAUGUGAUCAUCACACGUUCAGAUUCCGAGGAGCUAGGGAGGAAGAUUCUUGACGAAUUGAAAUCUGCUACCGCUACCGCUACCGGGGAAGCCGAUGCCGCGUCGUCGCAGUGGGAGCUACAUACCCUCCCACCGCCGAAGCCAAGUGUGCGGAUCAAAUUGAAUUCGACAUCCAAGAGCAGACCAACCCAGAGACGGCCCAGCACCAUCCUCGUCCCGCCAACUUCCACAUCAUCACAAGGUGCUGCGUCGAUAUCACCAAUCCUCAUCUCCGCCUCCCUGCCUUCGACAUUAUCCCUGCUCUCCUCACAAGCACCCAUCCACAUACCGACGCCCGACACAACCACCGCGCCUACUUCCGCCCCGGGACCGGGAUCGCGGGACCACAAUACCCCGCCGUUGUCUCUAUCAAUCCACAAGAUCUUCUGCAUCGGCGGCGCCGAGAUCUACCGACAAGUCCUCUCCCUCUCGUCCGCCAACUUACACACACCCACCACCCCCGCGGGCAGCGAAACGGGCACGGACACCGAGGGCGAAACCGCUGGGGGCGCCGCCGGCGGUGGCGGCGGGGAAGGCAAACAUUUCGACGUGAGAAUCCUGCAGACGCAGAUCCGCCGGAUACCACAAACCGCGAGCGCGACAGAUGAUGGUGGUGGUGGCGAUGGGAAUGACUUUGAGUGCGACACCUUCUUCCCCGACCUGUUGCCUUCGCCUCACUCCGGCGUCAAGUCCGCCAAAUGGAAACACGUCUCGCAAUCCAAGGUUCAGGAAUGGGUCGGAGGAGACGACGUCGAGCUGCCUCAGCAUUUGGGGAGACGGAAAGAAAGCAUUGCCGAUGCUAAUACUGUACACGAUGAGAGCGAUGAGGAGGACAACGAAGAGGAGGAAGACGUCACGCCGGCGGACAUCAGUGGUAAGGAAAUGUGGCUCAAGGAUGACAAGGCUGGAGUGGAGAUUCGGGUGGUUGGCUGGGAACGACGGUGA